AUGAAGGUCCUUUUCAUCCUAAGUACGUGCCUUGCACUGGCCCUGUCUAUACCACGCGGUGGCGGUGGAUACGGUGGUGGAUAUGGUGGCCGCGGGUACGGUGGCGGCGGAUACGGUGGACACAGUCUCGGUGGAUACGGUGGCGGAUACGGUGGCGGUGGAUACGGUAGCAGUUACGGUGGACACAUGCUAGGUGGAUACGGUAGCGGUUACGGUGGACACAGUCUUGGUGGAUACGGUGGAGGCUAUGGUGGCGGCUACGGUAGCGGUUACGGUGGCUAUGGUGGCGGCUAUGGUGGCGGUUAUGGCGGUGGAUACGGUGGCGGUGGAUACGGAAGCGGAUACGGUAGACACAGUCUCAGUGGAUAUGGUGGAGGCUAUGGUGGCGGCUACGGUAGCGGUUACGGUAGCCAUGGUGGCGGCUAUGGCGGUGGAUACGGUAGCGGUUACGGUGGCCAUGGUGGCGGCUAUGGUGGCGGCUACGGUAGCGGUUACGGUGGCCAUGGUGGCGGCUAUGGCGGUGGAUAUGGUAGCGGUUACGGUGGCCAUGGUGGCAGUUACGGUGGUCAUGGUGGCAGCUACGGAAUGCGACACCAUCAUUAA